ACUGAGAUAACGUGCAAGGAAAAGAAAAGAAAACAAAAAAAUUGAAAUAGAAAUUCUCCCACUGACCAACACACAAUUGAAAAAGAUAAACAAAAAAAUGGAGCACAUCGAGGUGGUGGAUUUAACCACAUGGGUGGUUUUGAUAUGGGUUGCAACUGCAAUAUUAUUAUUGGCACGCCAACUCCGACGGUGGCGUUCAGAGGAUGUUGCCGGACAGCUUCCACCUGGGCCGAGACGGUGGCCUGUGGUGGGCAACAUAUUUCAACUGGGUCUGGGUCCACCCCACGAGUCAUUAGCUGUGUUGGCUCGCAACCACGGCCCUAUUAUGACACUCUGGCUAGGAUCCAUGAGCACCGUGGUGAUCUCGUCCAGCCAAGUGGCCCGUGAAAUGUUCAAGAACCACGAUGUGGCCCUAGCCGGUCGAAAAAUUUACGAGGCAAUGAAGGGCGACUAUGGCAACGAGGGCUCACUGAUCACGGCCCAGUAUGGCCCGCACUGGCGCAUGUUGAGGCGCUUGUGCACAACAGAGUUUUUCGUGACAAGUCGUCUCGAUGCCAUGCGCGGUGUUCGUGGAAAGUGUAUCGAUGGAAUGCUCCAAUUCAUAAUGGACGCCUCUAGUAGGACGUCGUCAGAAAUUAGUGCCAGUACUGAUGGCAUUGAUCUGGGCAGGUUCAUUUUCUUGAUGGCCUUUAAUCUGAUCGGGAACCUCAUCUUUUCCAAAGAUCUAUUGGACCCAAAGUCGGAGAGAGGGGCUAUGUUUUUUUACCAUGCAGGUAAAGUUAUGGAGUUGGCUGGGAAACCUAAUAUGGCAGAUUUCUUUCCAAUUUUGCGGUGGCUCGACCCGCAAGGCAUUAGGAGAAACACCCAAUUCCACGUGGAAAAGGCCUUUGAAAUUGCAGGUGAGUUUAUCAAAGAAAGAAUGGAGAGCACGGAGAAUGGUGGAUGUGAUGGCAUAGAGAAAGCAAAGGACUUUUUGGAUGUGCUUUUGGAGUACCGUGGUGAUGGAGUUGAUGAGGCCUCUAGGUUCACUUCUCCAAGAACCAUCAACGUCAUUGUCUUUGAGAUGUUCACUGCUGGAACUGACACAACUACAAGCACCUUAGAGUGGGCAAUGGCUGAGCUUCUAACCAGCCCCAAAGCCCUAAAGAAAGCUCAAGCCGAGCUAAGAAGCAACAUAUCUCCAGGCAACAAGCUCCAAGAGAAAGACAUUGAAAAUCUCCCAUACCUCAAAUCAGUCAUCAAAGAAACCCUAAGACUCCACCCACCUCUCCCUUUCUUAGUCCCACACAUGGCCAUGGAGUCCUGCAAAAUGCUAGGGCACCACAUUCCGAAAGACACUCAAAUUCUAGUCAAUGCUUGGGCCAUUGGACGUGACCCAAAGGCAUGGGAAGACCCUUUGCUUUACAAGCCGGAGAGGUUCUUGAAGCCCGACAUGGUCGAUUAUAAAGGACACAAUUUUGAGUUCAUACCGUUUGGUUCUGGUCGUCGGAUAUGCCCUGCAGUGCCACUAGUCUCUAGGGUACUCCCUUUGGCUCUAGGGUCGCUCUUACACUCGUUUGAUUGGGUUUUGCCGAGCGGGCUUAAGCCAGAGAACAUUGAUAUGACUGAAAGGAUGGGAAUAACACUGAGAAAAUCUGUCCCUUUGAAGGUUAUACCUAUACCUUACAAUGGGCAUGUGGGAUUCUAAUGCACUUUUCAUUUAGAAAGCCAAAUAGGUCAUUUGGAAUAAGUUUGUUUGUUAAAUAUGUUAAUUAAUACAUGAGCAUUAUAAUUAAUGCAAUAAGUAGGUGUGUAUCAAAUGUAAUGCGAUGAUGUCGAUCUAUUUGGUGGUGUGACAAAAAUGUAUGCAGUGCUUGUUACUUAGUCUGAAUGGUCACAAAUGAUAAAGCGUUUGUGGAUUUUCUUGCAUAAUCCAA